CUAUUUUUGGCUCCAGAAAAGCGUAAAGAUAUUUUAUAAAAAAUUCCUAUGCAUGUAUAAGUGUGACAUAAUGGGUAGCAUGUUUUUCGAAUUUUAUACAAAAUACUGGACUUGCUUUAGUUUAAGAAUAUUUGAAUGGAUAAUUAUUAAAUUUUAGUGUUCACUCAGAUAAUUAAUUUUUGAUAGCGAUUAAUUCAAUUAUAAACCGACGAUAACAAUCAAAAAAUAUAGGUACCUAUUAUAUGUCUCCAAGUCACAAAUAAUCGCAAAUUUGUCUGAUCGAUAACAAACCGAACAUUUCAAUAAAACUUCCAUGAAUUUUUUUCGCACCCAUCCAAUUAGAUAAGAUGUCUAUGAGCUUCACCACGCUAAUAGUAUUGGCAGUCGAUACCCUCGCCACAUCCGGGGACAUAACGAUGACAUGGACCUCUCCGAUGUUCUCCAAACUCUCCUCCAACGAUUCCUCGGUGAAUCCCCUUCCGCGGCCCAUCACCAACCAAGAAGGAGCCCUCAUCGGAUCGCUGCUCAACAUCGGAGCCAUGCUCGGAGUCGUCCCGUUCAGCUUCAUCUCCGAACGCUUCGGUAGGAAAAAGGCCCUGUUAACCAUAGGAGUCUUCCACGUAAUCGCGUACGGUACAAUGGCGUUCGCCCGGCGAGUGUGGCUCUUCUACUUCGGAAGGCUCUUCGGUGGACUAGCCGUAGGCGGGGGGUACACCAUACUGCCCAUGUACAUAGCCGAAAUAUCCGAGGAGUCCAAAAGAGGAUACCAUUCGAUGACCUUGACAGUUUUCUGGGCCAUCGGCAACUUUCUACCAUAUCUAGUAGGACCUUUCGCUUCUGUUAGGUCCUUCAAUUUGAUCAACGCCGCCUUCCCGACGUGUUUUCUUCUGGUCUUCUCCCUCAUAGGUAAAGAGAGCCCCUUCUACCUAGUGGGAGCCGGUCGACUGGACGAAGCCGAGAAGGUGCUGGUAACAGUAAGAUCAGCAGAUCCAAUAGAAGCGGAAGACGAGUUGAAGCGCAUUCGAGCCUCCAUCGAGAAGGAAAAAGAAACUCCUCCUACGCUGAGGAACGUCGUCGCCAAUCCGGGCAUACGGAAGAGCUUCGUAAUCGCCUUUGGAUUGGUGUCGUUCCAGCAAUUCUCCGGCUGGAACGCCAUCACCUUCUACCUGCAGCCGAUCUUCGACGGUUCCGGCAUCGAUCUACCGUCGUACCUCUCCUCGAUGAUAGUGGGAGCGUCCAUACUCGUCUUCAGCCUGCCGGCGCCUUUCUUGGCGCACAAAUUCGGAAGGAAAACGCUGCUGGCGGCUUCCGCCGGUUCGAUGGCGGUUUGUUUGGCCGUACUGGGCGCCUUCUUCACGCUCAAAGACAGGGUCAAAGCGGACGUGUCGGGGGCGUCUUGGGUACCGGUGGCGUUUCUGGUCGUCCUCGUGCUGGGGUUCGAGAGCGGCUUGGCCUGCCUGCCGUGGACGAUUUCCGCGGAGAUCUUCCCGAAGAACGUGAAGAAAUGGUCGGCGUCGGGGACGUGCGCCGUGACGUACUUCACGUCGUUCCUGAUGACGCAGUUCUUCGACGAUAUGAGGAGGGGUUUGGGCACCGACGGGACGUUCUUCUUCUACGCGGGGUUCAGCGCGCUGUGCGUGGUGUUUACGGUGGUCUACGUGCCGGAGACCAGGGGGAAGACGUUCGUGGAGAUACAGGAGUUGCUGCGGAGGUGAGGUUGGUAAGUGUUUGGUGGAUAAUUGCGGUAUCUCGUCGAUUUUGAAUUGAAUGGAUGGAGGCGAUAAAAUCGAUUCUUUCAGGUUUUAUCAUUAAAGUAGUUAAUUGUAAAUUGCGUAUGGGUAUUUAUUUGCUUUAGCUAGAUAUUGUAGUGUUUUUUUUGAGCGUGACUUACGUACUUCCCAUAUCUCGUUCAUUAAUUGUACAUGUGUUUUUAAUGAUUCAUUAAGUAUUUAUUUCAGUAAAAUUUCCUCUUUUAAUUGAUCAGCAAGAUACACACGAUUACAGUUUAUUUAAAAUUUUAGUUUGACAGUUUUGACAUUUUAUUUAAAAUUUCUUAUUUGACAUUUAAAUGACAGUCACAGCAUACUAAUAAAAAUUCUACUAAUAGCGUAUAUGGAAAGAAUAAUAUAGCUUAUUGCAUAAUAUAUGCGAGAAACAAGGAUAGGUGAUAUUUACUAUGCUCUUUAUAUCUGCUAAAAAUUAUAAUUUUAAUAAUAAACUAGAGAUUUUUUAUCAAAUUAAUAUUCUUAACAAUUCAUCCAGUAUAGCAAAUAUAUUGCGUUCUGCAAAGGUAAUAAACAUUUAUUUGUAAUUCUUCAAUAAAUACAUUUUAAAACAUUCAAUAUGUCUUAUCAAUUAAUCAAAUAAAAAUUAUCUACAGGUAAGCUUGAAAUUUCAAUAACCUUAUUUGCACAUAACAUUUACGUAGCCACAUAAAAUUUACGUACUUUCGAAGACCUUCGUGCUAUUGUUUCGUCGAAUGGAAAUUUUUUACCUGUAAUUUCUCUUUAAAUAACGAAAAAUAUCUCUAUUGUACGUCGUAUAUCUCUCGGUUAAUUUUACACCGCAUUUUCACUCAAACAUACAACGUUAUAUGUACGUUGCAUGACAUUUGACGUUUGCAUGACAGCAACUAGCCUACUAAAAAAAUCGUGUUAAUAAUUAAUAAUUUUUUAUACACUUUAUGAAAUACAGGAAUACCAAGGAUUAAUGUUAGUAGAUAAAUUACAAAUAAAUAUAUAUUUAGGUAUAACAAGUUUUGAAUAAAAAAACAAUCGCGUACACUAAUAAAUAAAAAAAUAAUAUUGUCUAUCCCUAUACACUGUGCUCCACUUCCGAUUGCAACAUGGUCAUUUUUAUGAGUGGAACAGAGCAACAAUAUUUAAAAUGACAGUUGUGACACAAAUGUCACUCUUGCCUUUUCCUUUAUAAAUGUCUAAUGGAAGUUGUCUUUAUCGCACCCAUGGCCUAUAUAACCUAUGUUGCGAUCAAAAACAGAGCAACCUGUAUAGCCUCACAUCUCAUCUCUUCAAUUCGUCCUGGAUCUGCUCCAGCGACUUCCCCUUCGUCUCUAUAACGUAAAACACGGUGAAGAAUAUCGAACCGGCGCAGCAAAACGAGAAGAUCCAAAAGCACCAGGCCAGCCCGAUGCUCUCCUGCACGGCGUUAAAGUACUUCACGAUCAGGAACCCCAUCAGCCAGCACACCACCGACGUCAGCGUCGACCCCAGCGACUUGACGUUCGACGGGUAGAGCUCGCCCAUGAUGGUCCACGGCAGGGGCCCGCUGCCCACGUUGUACGUCAGCAUGUAGACGAUGAGCAGCACGAUCGGCAGGAACGCCACGCCGGAGAGGUCCUUGUGCAGGGUGUCGUUCACGUAGCUGUAGACGCCCAGCGGCGCCUCGGACAGCACCAUUCCCACGCCGGAGGCGAUCAGCAGGAUCUUCCUGCCGAGCCGGUCGAUCAGCACCGACGACAGGAAGCUCGAUACGAGCUGGACGACGCCGAUGAUGAUGGAGCACACGUUGGGAUCCAAGGAGGAGCCGGCGUUUUUGAAUAUGCUGCCGGCGAACGAGAGCACGGCGUUGAUGCCGGAGAGCUGUUGGAAGGCGAUCAAACCCAAGCCUAUGAUGAAGGCUUUGCGGUUGCCCGGUAUCGUGAUGAGAUCCGCCAGGCUGGCUUUGCCUUCGGCUUCGAGCGCCUUUUCAAUCGCCGAUAGCUCUUCGCUGACGUGGGUGGUGCCUCUGAUCCUUUCUAAGCUGCCUCGAGCUUUGAUCGGCUGCCUCUUUUUCAGCAGAUGCGUCGGGGUUUCCACCGCGUACACGUAGAAACCGACCAAGAAAGUUAUGGGGAAAACGGCGCAGAUCAGAUUGAAAGCUAGCAGGCUUAUGUAGGGGCCCAAGCAGUAGGUGAAGAGCAUCCCCAAGCAGAGGAAGAGGUUCAACAAGCCGCCCAUUAAGCCUCUGUUUGAACUAUCGGCUAUUUCGCCGAUGUACAUAGGCAUCACGGUGAACAAACCGCCGGUGCCCAAUCCGGUGAUGAAUCUGGAGAAGUAGAAGGCGUAUACGUUCUUUAUGAAGGCCAUUAGAAGGUAGGAUAUGGCGACGGGGAUUCCGAUGCCGAUCAAAGUGAGCUUCCUGCCGAUGCUGUCGGCUAGGUAGCCGAAGAGGAAGGGGCCGAAAACGGCUCCGAGGUGGAGGGAAGAUGUCACCCAUGUGCCCUCGUCGCUGGUGAUUCCCACUGUGGAAUUGAGCUUGUCUAUUUCAGGCGAAGCCCACGUUAAGGCCGUACCCACCGAGAAACUGAGAAGAUUUCCUGCAAAUG